AUGGCGGCACUCUGCACGAAUCGUCCCGAGGGCUUUGGCCCCGUCUCGACCAUCACCUCCCCUCUCCCGACGCAGUGCUUCUUCGACACGGUCGUGGUGCCGCUGCCGACGUGGCUCUACCUGCUCAGCAUCCCGGCGCUGUGGGCGCUGACGCCGAGGCGCAGCCGGGACAGCCGGCGCCGGCCGCCGCGGGCGUCGUGGGCGUCGACAUGGCGGGCCCAGUGGAAGCGGCUGGCGCUGUUCGCGGCCUACUACUUCGUCGUGGGCGUGCUGGCGCUGAUGCAGUCGGUCGAGGUCGUGUCGCUGGCCAAGGCGCGGCUGGGCGUCGGCCUGCUGCCGUUCGCGUACGCGGGCCUGCUGGCGGCCGCCGCCCUGCAGGCCACCGACGGCGCCUUCCGCCGCGUGCGCGGCUACUGGGCCGCCAGCUCCGCCUUCUGGGUCGCCGGCGCCGCCGUCACGGGGCUCAAGAUCGCCGGGGUCGUGGGCCUGGGGCUGACGGGCCCGCUGGCGCGCGAGGACGGGCCCUACGGGACGCGGCACCAGUUCACGGACCUCGUCAUCCUGGGCGCCUUCUACGUCCUGGCGAUCGUCGCCGAGGUCGGCGUCGUGGUGGUGCGGCGGAGGGGCCGGAGCAGCGAGGUGGACGACGAUGUGGUCGAGCUGAGGAGCGAGUUCGAUUGGAAAUAG